GAUCAUGCGCAAAAGCCUACCAAUCACAAUGCCUCACUCACAUGUAAAAAUUUUCAGGGAAAGGUGUGGCUCAUUUCAAUGGUGUGAUCAAUAUGUCUUUCUAUCUGAGGUGCUGGGUAGGUCUGGUAGGUGCAACUGCUUUAGCUAACUCUGUGCAAUGUCUCCUAAAGAAUACUUUUCCACGAGAUAGAGUGUACACAUUAGAAAGUAAUCAAGCUUCCCAAUUAGCAGGAAGAUUGUUUGGAAUUUGGACUCUCUUAGCAGCUUCUGUCCGGAUAGCUUUUGCCUUUUCUUCUCCUAAUUCAAAUUUAUAUUUUGCUACUUGGUUUUCCUUCCUACUUGCACUUUAUCAUUUCACAAGUGAAGUAUUUGUGUACAAGACUGCACCAAUAUCAACUGGAACUGUACUGCCACUCAUAAUAUCGGGCUUAUCAUCUUUGUGGAUGCUAAUAGAAUUUUAAAAAUAAAUUGAAGUGGUCUUCAUUGUUAUACAGUGCUCUUAAAUAUAGAUAUUUUUAAUAAAAUUUUUAACAAUUGAUUAAAUAUCAGUCGUAAAUC